AUGACACAAAAGACUGAAAAUUCCUUGUUUUCUCAUUUGAAACCAACAGAUCAAGGUUAUAAAAAGGACGAAGAGUUCGAGGAGGCCUCGGCGGUGGUCGCGAAACACGUCAGGCUCCUGCGGGAGUACAACCAGAUCAAGGAUGUGGGGCAGCAGCUGAUGGGCAUGGUUGCCGAGAAGAGGGGCGUCACUGUGGGAAGUCUGUAUGAGACUCGGGAAUUUGGAGUUGGAUCGAAGGAUUGA